AAAACUGAUGCAGUCAACAUUUCAAGAGAGAUGACAAAAAUUCAACUGCACCCUCAUCUUCAUCUUCCGCUGCUUCACCUCCUCUGCUUUCUUCUCCUUCUUCUUCUUCCACUGAAGGCUUCCUCUCAGACAACCGAAGCUCAAGCUCUCCUCCAAUGGAAGAGCACCUUAACUCUCCCUUCUCCUUCUCCCCUUGCUUCAUGGACUGCUACCAACGUCCCCCGCCUCUGCAACUGGACCGGCAUUGCCUGCAACGUUGGCUUGUCGGUGUCGGAGUUGAAUCUCUCGGGCUUGUCCCUCGGGGGAACAAUCGAUUCUCUGAACUUCGCCGCCCUCCCGAACCUCACCCGCCUUGACAUGAGCAACAACAGCCUCGAGGGGUUGGUCCCAUCGGGCAUCGGCGACUCGACCAAGCUCGUGUUCCUGGACAUGGGCAGCAAUUUGUUCGAAGGCGAGAUUCCACCGGAGAUAGGAAAGUUGCAGCAGCUUAACUACCUCAGCCUCUCCAACAACAGCCUCAACGGGAGCGUUCCCUAUCAAGUGAGCACUCUCCAGAAGGUACGGUUUCUCGAUCUCGGAUCGAAUUACUUGGAGUCCCCUGACUGGUCCAAGUUCUCGGGGAUGCCUCUAUUGACGCAUCUCAGCCUGUACCUUAAUUCUCUCUCCAUGGGUUUCCCCGGCUUUAUCAUGGAAUGCCGGAACUUGACUUACCUAGACCUGUCGGACAACCAGCUGACGGGACAAAUUCCCGAAUCUGUGUACUUGAAUCUAGGCAACCUCCUCUACCUCAAUCUCACGACAAACCUGUUCGGAGGACCGAUCACGAACAUCUCCAAGCUCUCCAAGCUCAGAGAGCUCCGCCUGGGGAACAACAGCUUCAACGGUUCAGUUCCAGGUGACAUAGGAUCGGUCUCCGACCUUGGGAUACUGGAGCUGAACAAUAACUUCAUCGGUGGCCCCAUUCCUCCUUCGUUGGGCCAACUCUGGAAGCUGGAAAUGCUCCAUCUGAACAAAAACUCCUUCAACUCUACGAUUCCUGCCGAGCUUGGAUUUUGCUCUAAUCUUACUUACUUAGCCUUCGCCGAGAACUCGAUCAGUGGAGAGCUCCCGCUGUCACUCUCAGGUCUCACCAAACUGUCCAAGUUAGGAGCAUCUGAUAAUUUCUUUUCUGGCGAGAUCUCGCCGCAUUUCUUCGCAAACUGGACCGAGCUCGUGUCUCUGCAGCUGCAGAAUAACAACUUCUCUGGUCGCAUCCCACCUGAGAUCGGCCAGUUGACAAAGCUCACUCACCUUCUGCUGUACAACAACUCCUUCUCCGGCCCGAUUCCAGAUGGGAUUGGGAACAUGAAUGAUCUGCUUGCUAUGGACCUUUCCAGGAACAAGCUCUCAGGUCCGAUCCCCCGAACCCUGUGGUACUAUUCUAAGCUCACAACCCUGCAUCUCUUCUUGAACAAUCUCAAUGGAACGAUCCCACCCCAGAUUGAGAAGCUCACUUCAUUGAAUUUUUUCGAUGUGAGCGCUAAUCGACUCUCUGGAGAGCUGCCCGAGACAAUUUCCAAUCUCACCAAUUUACUAGUCUUCUCCGUGCACACGAACUAUCUCACGGGCAAUGUGCCAAUCGAGUUUGGGAAGUACAGCCCUCUGUUGACAGUGGUCAGCUUCUCCAACAACAGUUUCUCAGGUGAGCUUCCGCCUGAAAUCUGCAGCGGUUUAGUCCUUCAGGAAUUCACCGUUAACAGGAAUAGCUUUACGGGCUCGCUACCAGAAUGUCUGAGAAACUGUUCGGACCUGACAAGAGUCCGUCUUGAUGAGAAUAAAUUCACCGCCAAUAUCACCAACUUGUUUGGAGUUCAUCCCGGACUCAAUGCUGCAUAUCUCAGUGACAAUCAGUUUGACGGGGAAAUCUCUCCUCUGUGGGGACAAUGUUCAAACCUCACAGAUCUCAGGAUGGACGGGAAUAGAAUUUCGGGGAAGAUCCCUGUUGAGCUUGGGCAGCUUUCUCAGCUCGGCCUCCUGAACUUAGGCAAUAACGAGCUGACAGGAGGCAUUCCCGAUGUUCUCGGAAACCUAACCCGAUUGAACAGCCUGAACUUGAGCAGUAAUCACUUCACAGGUGAGAUUCCUAGGGAGUUUGGGAAACUAACAGAGCUCGGCUAUCUCAAUUUGUCGGGAAAUGUGUUGAUUGGGACCAUCCCCAGUGAGCUCGGAAACUGUAAUCGCUUGACGAGUCUAGACUUGAGCAAGAACAAUUUAUCAGGAGAAAUUCCACCCGUGCUUGGAAAAUUGUUCGACUUGAAGUACAUGUUGGACCUCAGUAGCAACAAUCUCUUCGGAUCGAUCCCUUCAAACUUGGACGAGCUUACGUUGCUAGAGAAUCUGAAUCUUUCGCACAAUGAUCUAUCAGGAACAAUCCCUCCCCUCUUUUCCGGCAUGAAAGGGUUACAGUCAAUCGACUUCUCCUACAAUGACCUGACAGGUGUAAUCCCUAGUGGCAGUGUGUUCCAAGAAGCUCCUGCAAGUGCAUUUGUCGGGAACGCGGGAUUGUGCGGGAAUGCGACGGGGUUGUCUCUGUGUAGUAGUGAGAAUGCGCCCAGCGGCAGAUCCAAGCGCAAUAGAAGAAUUUUAAUCGGUGUUCUUGUUCCAGUUUUGAGCUUCUUAGUCCUUGCAGCAUUAGUAAUUGUGGCUCUAAAACUCCGGCGCAAGUCCAGGCUUCUUGAUGAGGAGAUCAAAAGCAGCAAGACUAAUUCAGAUAAGUAUGAGUCGAUGAUAUGGGGGAGAGAAGGGAGGCUCACCUUCAAUGAUAUAGUGAAGGCGACUGGGCACUUUAAUGAGGACCACUGCAUCGGAAAGGGAGGGUUCGGGAGAGUGUACAGAGCCGAAUUGCCUGCAGGACAGCUUGUCGCAGUUAAAAGAAUUGAUAUAGGGGACUCUGUUGAUAUCCCGGCAAUCAACCGCCAGAGCUUUGAGAAUGAAAUCCGAAUGCUGACAGAGGUACGGCACCGGAACAUAAUCAAACUCUACGGCUUCUGCUCCCAGGGAGGGUUUGUGUACUUAGUUUAUGAGUACAUUGAGAGAGGAAGCCUAAGGAACGUGUUGAACGGAGGUAAAGCGGAGGCUGAACUUGACUGGGGCACGAGGGUGAGGAUCGUGCAGGGACUCGCUCAUGCCAUCGCAUACCUCCAUCAUGACUGCUCUCCACCAAUCGUUCAUCGGGACAUAUCAAUGAACAACAUUCUGCUUGAUUCCGACUUUGAGCCUCGUCUUGCUGAUUUUGGUACAGCAAGGCUCCUGAACUCGGACACAUCCAACUGGACCACAGUUGCGGGUUCGUAUGGCUAUAUGGCUCCAGAAUUAGCAGUCACGAUGCGGGUAACAGACAAAUGCGAUGUAUACAGCUUCGGAGUGGUGGCGUUGGAAGUUAUGAUGGGGAAGCACCCGGGGGAUCUUCUGGUGUCCGACAGCUCAAGCCUGCUGCUGGACAUGCUAGACCAGCGCCUCCCACCUCCGGAAGGGCAGUCAGCAGAGGAAGUGGCGUUCGUGAUAUCAGUGGGAUUGGCAUGCACAAGGAAGCAUCCCGAGUCGAGACCCACUAUGCGCUUCGUAGCUCAGGAGCUAUCAGCGCGAACCCAGGCUUGCCUGUCGGAGCCACUGGGCACCAUAACCAUCAACAAGCUAUCUACCUUUCAGAAAUAGGUAGAUUUCUUAAUCAAGGCACUUUGUUUGUAAUGCUACUAAUAAAUCCUUAUGUAGUGACAAGUUUGAUAGGCGCUCGCGUAAUUUUCUUGGCCUAACAAGCAGGUUAUGUGGAUAUGUACAGCUAUAUGUGACAUUGUAUAAUCUUAUUUCUUACAAACUACGCACACAAGUUUUGAAAGUUUCAGAGUUGUCUGCCCGAA